AUGGAAGAAAAAAUCAUUUACUGGGCCAACACAGCCAAAACAAAAUUUACAUCUGAUGGUCUUAUUACGUUUAAUCGAAUUUUUAAAAACAAUCCAACUCCAACAGAUGAAGACUUAUCGAAUAUUGCUAAAGAACUUGAGUCUGACACGAAAACUAUAAGGGAAAAAUUCCGAAGACGACACAGGCAUUUAAAAACAAGAAAAACACCAACGAAAAAAAAAGUAGUUAUUACAAAAGCAGAAAAAAAUAUUAAUGAUGAUAAACAACGUAGCACAACAUUUUUAAAAAAUUUAAACAAUCGGGAAGCAAAAUUAUUUAUGAAUUAUAUGAUAAAUGAAGAUAAAUGCAUAGAUUAUAUUAAUAACCAUCAUGUCCCAAAAUCAAUUAACAUCAAUGAUAUUUGGAAAAUGACAAGUGACGAUCAUCGUAACGGCGAAUAUUUUUCCAAGUGGAUGCGUUGCUUAUUACCAAAAGAAUAUGAAACAUCAUUACCACCACAUAAUCCAAGAUUAUCCCUUAACAAAAAUGGAACUAUGCCUUCCAAAUUACAAGACAAAAUUAAUUCUUUUUGUAGAAAGCAGACAAUUGCUCAUUUCAACAUUUUAAAACAUCACAUUGUGUUACGCGCUACAGAUCCUUCAUUUACAAAUUUGACGAAUAGAAAAAAUGCAAAAACCGGAUCGCACUUAUGUGACACAAAUGGUUGCGUUUUAUCAGAACAUCUAGUUAUUGAGAAUUUUGACAUCAAUUUAAGUCGGACUCGAUGUCAAGGCGUCACUCUUCUUGUCCGUCUCGGAAAUGAAACAUCCGUAGGACGAAUUAUUCAAGCAGCAGCAUGUCGGCACGGUAUUAUUAACGAUGAUGGCGGCUUCAAAAAUAGUUGCAGAAAAUUAAAAAUUUAUGUUCAAGAUGAAACUUCAAUAAACUAUUGUAAAUCUUUAUUAAAGAAAUAA